AUGCCCCGUGACCCUCUCAUCGCCCUCGUCGGCAAGCCCUCCUCAGGCAAAUCAACCACCCUAAACAGCCUAACCGACACGACCGCAAAAGUAGGCAACUUCCCCUUCACAACCAUAGACCCCAACCGCGCAAUCGGCUAUCUCCACAUCCCCUGCGCCUGCUCCCGCCCCACCCUCCCAAACAACACCCCACCAUCACCAGACCUCCCCCCACCCCUCCAAACCCGCUGCAAACCCAACCACGGGGCCUGCCAAAAAGGAAUCCGCAGCGUCCCGAUUGAACUCCUCGACGUCGCCGGUCUCGUCCCAGGCGCGCACGCUGGGAAAGGAUUGGGGAAUAAAUUCCUCGACGACCUCCGACAUGCCGACGCACUUAUCCACGUCGUAGACGUCUCCGGAACUACAGAUGCCGAGGGCAAAGCGACACGGGGCUACGACCCAAGCGCAGAUAUAGCCUGGCUGCGCGACGAGAUAGUCCGAUGGGUUCUAGGCAACUUGAUGCAGAAAUGGGGCGGGUUGAAGCGAAGACAUACCGCCAUCAAAGCCACCGCAGUAGAAACGCUGCAGGGUCAAUUCUCGGGAUACGGAGCGACCGCCGCUGUGGUGGCGAAGACCUUGGAUAAACUUGCUCUGAAACAACCAUUGCAGGAAUGGGACGACGAGACGAUCGAGAAGGUGGUCAAUACCUUCGUGGACGUCAAAUUCCCCACCGUCCUCGCCCUCAACAAAAUCGACCACGCGGACGCGGACAAGAAUGUUUCGAAAAUCGCCCGCGCGGAGGCGGCCGAGAGGAUCGUGUUAUGUUCUGCGAUAUCGGAGGUUUUUUUGCGGCGGCUGGUGAAGCAGGGGUUUGUGCGGUAUGUGCCUGGGGAAGAAUAUGUCGAUACGAGGGAGGAUCUCAUCGAGGCCGGGGAGCCGGAUGGAGGCGGUCUGAAGGAAAUGGAUGAGAAACUCAAGACUCGUGUGGAGAAUCUGAAGGAUAUGGUGCUCUAUCGCUUCGGCAGCACGGGGGUGAAUCUGGUGCUUACGCGCGCGGCGGAGGUGCUGGGAUUGGUUCCUGUGUUUCCGGUGAGGAAUAUUGGGACUUUUGGGAGUGGGGAGGCGGGUGGGGGGGAGAGGGCGCCGGUGUUUAGGGAUUGUGUGCUUGUGAGUAAGGGGAGUACGGUGGGGGAUGUGUAUAGGAGGGUUAUGGGGGAUGCGCCGAUGGCGUUUGUGGAGACGGUUGGGGGGUUGAGGGUUGGGGAGGAUGAGGUUGUGGGGGUGGGGAGGAAUGAUAUAUUAUCCUUCAAGGUCGGACGAGCAUGA